AUGUCUUGUUUUUAUUUUCAGUUGAUCACCUCUAUGACAGGUGGCUCCACCUUGAAUCGUAGGAACACUAUCUCUGUAGGAGAGGACCCCUCCAUGGUCUCAGGAGAAUCCACUUCCUCCGGAUCAACAGCAGAAAAAUACGAUGAAUGGCCAGAGUUUUCUCCUCUUGGUUCCCUUGAAAAUGUUUAUGAACCAAUUAUCCCUAAGGAGCCCCCUCCCCCUCCCCCCUCUGGACCCCAGAGUGAGGGCGAUCUGACAGCUCCUCCAAGCACCACCCUGGCCGUUCCUAAGUCUCCCAGUGAGGGAUAUCUGGAGCCGGUCACUCACCGGUCAACAGCAGCCAAUGAAACGCCAAUAACCACGGUAACCACAGCAACCAAUAACCAACUGACCAAUCAUCAGUCAGUCAUGACUCAGUCAACCAAUGAAAUGAUUGUCUCUGAGGAGGUCAAGGUGUCCAUGGAAACAUCAGUUCAUCAGGAGGUCAGUGUGGAUAACGUACAAAAGAGUUCAGUGGAGCCUGAGAUCUCGACAGAGAGAGAAAGAAUCCUAGCUGCACAACCAAUAUACGAGGAGAUAAAUGGUUAUGGAAAAGAACCUGCUAAAGAAUUGCAGAGUUCAGGGGAUCUACAGAAAUCUGUCAAUGACAGUUUAUCAAAAGAGAUGCACAAGUUCAUGACAGACAGUCUUACUGUUGACAUGAAUGAGUCGGUGAUUUCAUUGGACCGUGACUUCCCGCCAGCAUCGCCGUCACAGACGGGAAUGUCCUCAGGGUCAGAACCGUCCUCCCAAUGCAGCACGCUCAGUCGACCGAAACCGUUACCAAGGAAACGAUCCAAACGGGAGAGCUUGUCGCUAGAGCAGCCUUAUAUAGCGAUGAAUCGUGGGAGCGUGACGUCGGCCCUGAAUGAGACUCAGCUGAGGGAUAUGUUGAAUCAGCUCACAUCAAUGAAUCUUCAGACACUGAGGGAUAUAUACACCCAGUAUGAGCGUAUCUUUAUAAAGGAGCCCAUCUCUCUGGGUGUGCCCACGGCGGGCCCACUGAAAUGGACAGAUUUUGAUAUUUACGGGAAACCUGUCCAUUCCUCGGAGCGAUGUGUUGUGUACAAUGCCAAACUCAGACUCAGCUCAACCAACUGUCAACUCAUGCUACAACACACGAAGCCGGACCUGAUGUCUUCCCAGCAUCCCACACUCCUGAAGCCGACCGUCAUUUUCUGUGAUCACAUCCCCUACUCCUAUCUGACGGAGGACUUCAUCAAAACCAAUCAGCUCCUCCUCAACCUACACACCAACCAAUCAAAUUCCGCCAAGUGUUUUGUGGCGGUUGGACAGUUUGACAUUUCUGACAGUCUCUCCAGUCACAUGACCUCUAUUCGCCAUGGUAACAGUCAGGUGAUGUGGACAGUAGAGGACAUGAUGGAGAAUGUUCUGUUCUUCAUGUUACAGAUCCUCAGCGCGAUCUCUCACUGUCUCGAUCAAGGCUUCAGUCUCGGAGACGCUAACUUCCGGGAUGUGUUUAUAAUCACUAGUAGCAACUGUUCCCAUGGUAACAUUGUGGCAUUCCUUCCCCAUCAGAGGUCACUGGAUGGUUCCCACAUUGAUUCUGUGUUCUGUUUUCUGGAUAAGUAUCUCGCUGAAAACAUGUCCAGUCGGAGUGAGUACGAGUUUGGGAAAUUCGUGGGAGGAGUUCUGAAAGUGCAAAAAAUGUUACAGUGUCGUAAGAUCGAGAUCCUGCCAUUGAUUCGGAGUUAUGUGGAGUUUCUUCUCUGGGGACCAAGUGAGACGUCGUGGCAGGGCGGGGUGGAGCGGACCAGCAGUCUGGAGCCCAAGCUGUCCAUGUGGUUAGAGAAAGAACGGGCAGCGAUGGUGCAUAGAUUCGCCCGGGAAUCGGCAGUCGAAGAGAAGAAGUAUUCCAUCACUGAGUUUUACAGAAUGAAGUUCCUGUUAAAGUCUAGUGCUGUCAGUCUGUCUGAGUGUGUCAGGACUCAUAUGUCUUACUGAUCUAGGUCAAGGUCAGACAAGGUCAUUUAAUCAGAAAUAUGAUUUACUGUUUGAUGAUAUUGGUCAUAUCUACAAUUUAAUGAUAUAUGUUUGUAGUUUUUAUUCUUAAAUGAAAAUGUGAACAAGAAGCAUUGAAAAUAUGUCAAAUUUAUACCUAUUAAAUUCUUAAUUGUUUCCCUCAUGACUAGUGCUGCUUUAAGAAGAGAAAUCAAUUUUUUCAUAAGUCACUCUUUUUUGGGUGGAGGUAGAUAUAGCAUCUACUGAAAAUAUCCUUCAGUCCUUGACAUAAUCAUGAUAAUACAAACUGUCUCUUAAUACUGAAUAAUGUGUAUUCCUAGGCUUAUAGGAAAGAUUCUUUCCUUUCUUUGGACGAGGGAGAGAGGAGUGUUGCUCUAUAAGUAUAGGUCUAAAUGCAGACCUUAUUCCUGUCCACAUAUUACAUGCAUUGUUAUGCAUAAAACCAUUUUUUUCUUCAGGGCAAAAUUGAUAAAGAUUUUGUUAAGUUUAAUUUGUAGGUUAGAUCAACAAUAUCAGAAAUACUAAGAAAGGUUUUAAUGAUUUACAAUAUAUGUAUAACCAUGAUACUAACAUGCUAUUAUAAGAAAAAGUUCUAUUUUACCUCAAAUAUAACGUUAGUUACAUUAAAACUAUUGUGACACAUACAUUUAAACAAUUGAAAAAAAAAAAAUGAUGAUCAUUUUUCAUGUUUUUUAUCAAUGUUCUAGUUGAAUUGUCUCUUCAUGAAGAUCUGAAUUUUAGUUAAUGAUUUUUUUAAGAGUUUAUGUAUACAUUUUAAUUAAAGAGGUCAGUUUUUUUUUCACUUAUUAAAAAUGACUUUUGAAUGCUUUAUAAAUAUGAUCAUCUCCUUAUAUAUGGAACAAGCUGUUUUGAAUGAAAUAAGAGUUAUCUUUCUUUAGUCAUCUUUAUUAAUCCAUUUUUGUUUUUUGUUUUCAUUUUCUCUCUUUGACCACUGAGCAUAAAGAUCAAUCUUUCUGUGCAAUAUUAUCCUGUUACUAUGGUUAUACUGUAUGGGACAUUUUUGAAAGUUUUGCAAAGAUGGAACAAAGUUAUUCUAAUGUCCUUGUUUUUAUUGAAAACCAACCCCACGGCCAUUGUAUUUCAGUUUUAUUUAAAAGGAUCAAACCUCUUGCCUGAGCUGUUUGCAUUAUUUUUGUAUUAAUACAUAUUUAUUAAAAUAUAUAAGUUCUUAUAUAGUUUUUUGUAUGAGUAGAUUUUGCAAAACAUGGAAAUAAGUGCCAAUUUAUUAGCAUGCACAAUUUUAAACCAUCAGAUUGUCUAAUAUUAUCCCAAGCAUUAGAUAUUUUUUAUUCAUAAAGAUUUUACAGUUCACAGCUUUUUGAUAAUAUUGUAAUAUGCAGAGAACAUACACCAUUGUUUUACUGCUUAUCUUGUCUUAAUUAUUGUGAAUCUUUUAACUUGAAUUCUUCAAAUAAUUCAGAAGUCCUAAACAAGGUAAUGGGACCACAUAUUUAACAUCAUUUAUGUAUCAAUUUUUUUUUAAUGCAGGCUUUUUACACUGUAACUGUCUUAUCUGUUUUGUAUCAGUUAACAUGGCUAAUAUGUUUUAUAUAUUAAAUAUAUAUGCUGUAUGUGUGACUUUCAUAAAGCUCUAUGAUGUGCAAUAUAUGUAUGUAUGGUAUACUGUAUAUUUAUUCCUGUUUAUUAUGUAUGUUUGAAUGAAUUAUUAAGAAGGUUUGUACAAAAUGUAUAUCAAUUUGUAUUUACAUGAUAAGGAAGCCACAAAGGAUCCACUGAAAUUAUAAUCAAGCAAUAUAAUUAAUGAUAAAUCAGAAUAAUUCACCAGUAUCUCUAACAACAUAUUAUAGUGCAAGAAAUAUGUUUCUAUAUAUACUGUAAACCAUUAUUCGCUGUAAGGAAUGUCAAAGAUUUCUGCAACCUACUUUAACUUGCAAUAAUUAAUUGCUUCAAACCAAUCAUUAUUUUGAAAUUAUAAAUACAUGUACAUGUAAUAUAUAAUCAGCAAAAUUCCCUCCAACACCCAACAAGCUUAGAACAUUUUCUUUUUUGUAUUUAAAAUUGCUAGGCAGCCUUUGUAAAGCAGAUACCCUUUCAGUAUUUCAAAAAUAUAACUUUGUUAAUGAGGCGUUGUUUUCCUAAAGAAGUCAUCAGCUUAUUUUGACACACAUGUAUUACUUGUAUUCAACUUAACAACCCUCCAGGUGUUAGGGUUUAACUGUACUAGAACCAGUGAAUGUUCACUGGUUUAUUCCUAGAUAUAAUUUUAUAAUGCAGUAAGAGAUCCUUUUCAAUUAAGCUAUAACUUAUAUACUGUUAAAGAAUAUCCUUGUACAUUAAAUUUCAGUGUUACAUUUUAAUGUGAUAGCUUUUCUGUACCUUGUUUACAGUUGAAGAAUUUCUCACUACAUUUCAAUGAAGUAUUCUAAUGUAAUAACAUUAUAUUGUAACAAUGUAUUCCAUUACAUUGUAAAUUUUGUAAGAUAUUUCUCAGCUUGUUGUAUUUUUGUUGCGAGUCCAUCCAUUUUAUUUUUUAUUUACGACAGUAUUGCGGUUGUCAUAGUUACUGUGAUUUUUUUUUGUAUAUUAUUAUACAGAGUGAAAGGAAAUAUUAUUUCUCUGUCUGUGAAACAGAAUUGCAAUAAAUGGACAAUUUAU